CGAACAAAUAAAAUGGGAGACUCGGUUUUACCAGACCUUCAACUUAGUCCUUUAAUGGAGUCAUCGAUCACUCUUCUUCUUCUUCAUUCCUUUUUCCCCUUCUCCUCCUCUUCCUCUUCUUCUUCUUCUUCUUCUUCAUCUGCCCUUAAAACUGGGCUUCAUUUUCAUCUUCAUAUUCAUACGUUCUUCGAUUUCGAUUCCCAUCUCUUUUCUCUUUGAUAACCAUCAAAAUACGCCUCUCUGUCUGGACUGUGGACCCCUUUACAAGUUUCUUGUGUUGAAUCUUUCCGAUUUCAUCUGGGUUGACUCUCCCUUGUUGGGGGAAAGUAUGGAAAUUGAAGAACAGUUCAAUAGUGCUCCCGUGGUUUGUGAUUAUAAUUGACUUCAACUAUUCAAAGAAUAUGAUUGAAAAGGAAUUUUUCACUGAAUAUGGUGAAGCUACUCAAUACGAGAUUGAAGAAGUUGUUGGUAAAGGGAGCUAUGGAGUUGUGGCAUCUGCCAUUGACACUCAUUCUGGUGAGAAAGUUGCUAUCAAGAAGAUAAAUAAUGUGUUUGAGCAUGUUUCUGAUGCCACGCGGAUUCUAAGAGAAAUUAAACUUCUUCGGUUUCUUCGACAUCCUGAUAUUGUCGAUAUAAAACAUAUAAUGCUCCCUCCAUCCCGAAGGGAGUUCAAAGAUUUAUACAUUGUUUUUGAGUUGAUGGAGUGUGAUCUUCAUCAUGUACUAAAGACUAAUGAUGAUCUCACUCCUCAGCAUCAUCAAUUUUUCUUAUAUCAACUUCUUAGAGCAUUGAAGUAUAUACAUUCAGCUCAUGUGUUCCAUAGAGAUUUGAAGCCGAAGAAUAUACUUGCAAAUGCAGACUGCAAGCUGAAGAUCUGUGACUUUGGACUUGCACGUGCAUCUUUCAGUGAUGCCCCGUCUGCUAUAUUUUGGACUGAUUAUGUCGCUACUCGAUGGUACCGUGCUCCUGAACUUUGUGGUUCUUUUUUCUCAAAGUAUACACCAGCUAUUGAUAUUUGGAGCAUAGGAUGUAUAUUUGCUGAAAUGUUGGGAAGCAAGCCUUUGUUCCCAGGGAAAAGUGUUGUCCAUGAGCUGGAUCUAAUAACUGACUUACUUGGUACCCCUUCAGCUGAAUGUAUUGCUAAGAUUCGUAAUGAAAAGGCUAAAAGGUAUUUGAGUGGCAUGAGAAAAAAAGAUCCAAUACCUCUAUCGAAAAAGUUUCCUAAUGCAGACCCACUAGCUCUUCGUUUACUUGAACGUCUGCUUGCAUUUGAUCCUGAUGAUCGCCCUUCUGCUGAGGAGGCAUUAGCUGAUCCUUAUUUCCAUGGACUGGCUAAUCUGAAGGAUGAACCAUCCAGGCAACCCAUUUCAAAACUCGAGUUUGAGUUUGAAAAGAGAAAGUUGACCAAAGAUGAUGUCAGGGAACUUAUAUAUAGAGAAAUUUUGGAGUAUCACCCUCAAAUGCUUAAGGAAUACCUUCAAGGCUCCGGGAGCCACUUUUUGUAUCCCAGUGGAAUUGACCGAUUCAAGCGACAAUUUGAUCAUCUUGAGGAACGUUCUGGUAAAGGUGAGAGAGGCAGUCCACUUCUAAGGAAGCAUGCCUCCUUGCCUAGGGAGCGAAUAUAUACGCUGGGAUAUGAAGAUGAUGAUGAUGAAAAACAUAGAACAGGAUACCGAAAUGCAGCUUCAAUUGAACGUGCAGCGGUUCAUAGCCCACCUGCUUAUCCAUUAACUGCUCGGAACGAUUGCAAUAGUUAUAACCUGUUGAGGAGUGCUAGUAUAAGUUGUUCUAAAUGGGUGGAUUAAUUGGAUGGGUUGCAGGGAAAGAAAGAAUGCAACACUGCUGGUCUUCCUCAGAUUCUUAAUUUGUAAAAUUAUCCUCAUUCUUAUGUCUUUAAACAUGCCUUUAACUUUAUACUGCUGUAUGGUUCCACUCACAGGCCACUGAAAGUAAUUGUCAGGACUGAUUUGAUGGUUGUACAAGUAGAAAUGUCUACAAGAAAUGGUUAUAUAAUGCAAAACCAAAGACCAAUUUUAUGCUAUUUGGCUCAUCAUCUGUGUGAUAACGUGGUUCAAACUAA